AUGGCUGGAACAACCGCCAGUACUUCCGCAACCAUAUCCAUUAGGAUUGAACCACGAGAGUCUAUUCAAUUACACGCAGCGGACGAUGAGUCUGGCUAUGAACGCAUGGUGGUGCCGGCCAAUGCUCAACCUGCUAUGCGACCAGUCUCUCGAAAGCGACAGACAGUUAUCCUCUUCUGUGCUUUCUUCGAUGUCUUCAUCACCAUCGGCCUAAACCAGGCCUACGGGGUCUUUCUCAACUAUUAUCUCGCCGAAGGAAGCAGUUCGAAGGAUCCAUUCCUUCCGCCAGGUGAGGUUUCAAGUAAAGCAAUGCUGGCGUUUGUGGGCACUCUGGCUGCUGGCCUGACCUGGGGUGGCAGUAUCGUGGUCAACCCGCUCAUGGCGAGAGUGAAGGAUCCGAGGUGGCUUACUGGUUCAGGGGCAGUGCUGAUUGGAAUUGGUUAUGUGCUGGCGAGCUUCUGCCACAAGGUAUGGCAGCUCCUUCUUACACAGGGCUUGAUCUAUGGCAUCGGCACUUCUUUGAUGUACUUCCCAGUCCUCGCCGUAGCGCCAGAGUACUUUGACGCUCAUCGCGGCUCCGCGAUGGGCUUUAUCUUGUCAGCAGCCGGAGUAGGGGGCCUCAUCUACGCACCAGCAGCUCGCGCCUUACUGGCGCAGAUGGGUGCUGCCUGGACUUUACGCAUCUUUGGUCUUGUCAAUUUUGCAUUGUGCAUUCCCAUUGUGUUGGGAACGCCCCCUUCGCGGAGUCUCGUCAAGCGACCGACUUUGGUGGAUAUUAGGCUUGCGAAAAGGCCGACCUUCAUUCUACAGGCGACAGCUGCGAUGGCUCAAGCGGCAGGGAAUCUGGUCCCGUUGACCUUUCUCCCCGAGUUCAGUACGAGGUUGGGGUAUACAGCUGCCUUUGGCGCUGCCCUUCUUUCUAUCAACAAUGCAGUAAACACCAUAAGUCGGAUAGCGAUGGGCUUCAUCGCCGACAUUGCAGGCAGACAAAACACCCUGGUUCUUAGUGUCCUUGGCAGUGCUAUAACUGUUGUGGCAUUCUGGCUCUCCAGUGCCUAUGGGGAUGACAUGGGGUUGUGGAUCACCUUUGUGGUGACCUAUGGCCUUUUUGCUGGAGGCUACAACUCGCUUUUCCCAACCACGGUGAUCGAAGUUUUCGGCGCUCAGGCAUACGCCUCGGUUAAUGGUUUCAUCUACUUCAUCCGCGGGUUAGGCGCCUUCUGGGGCUCGCCAGUAGGUGGUGCCUUGGUCGCAGACGACAAACAUCCGCAAGCAUUUAUCACCCUCAUUUGGUAUGAUUUUGGGCUGUUGAUGCUGUCGAGCAUUUGUGUGAUGGCUGUCCGUGGGCUCGAUGCGUCGGAGAAGGGCCAGUUCAAGCUGAAAGCUUGA